AUGGCCAAAGCCGUAACAGCGGUCGGUCAAGGCUUCUCCUCAUUCAGAAAUGAGGGCUGUGAUACCGUUGUCACUGGCAAAGUGGAUACGAAACAACGCGGAGGGGGGAUAGAUGCGAACAUCCAAGUCUGUACAUCCAUGACAGAUGUAUGCUCUGCUCUCAGCAUUGACGCGAGCAUUGAAGCCAACUGCUCAUUUGGCUCUUUCGAUGAUCGAUUGCAAUACACGCGCUCAUUCGCCAAGUCGACGACCUCCGUCCUCAUCAUGGUCGUGGCAAACAGAACUCUCGGCACAGAAGAAAUCACCGGCACCAAAUUUAAAGAAGACUACAAAUGGAUCCUGGACUCUGCCGACGACCUCUACUCUGUCGGUGGCGACUCUUUUGUUGCAACGACCACGCUCGGAGGCCAAUACAUUGCGUUCUACCAGUUCGAUGCCGAGAACAUUCAGGAGCGCGAUCAGCUCGCUAACAGCGCUAAAUUGAGUGCUCAUACUGCUGCCCUUAGCCUCCAAGCAAGGUUGGACACUACUAUCACGAACGCUAGCUCAUAUACCGGGAGCAAAUACACCUUUGUUCAGAAGAUCUUUGGCCAAAGUCACGGUGAGCUGCCCGACACGAACAACAUCGGGCAGUUCGCCUUGAACUUUGGCGAAGCUGAACUUGAUGCCCCGGUCAUCCUCAAGUUUACGACACAGUCGUACAAUACCGUGCAGGGUCGUCCAAAGAUGACCAAUGUGGACAAGCUCCGAACAAUCUUCGCCAACCGCAUGGCUCCGGCCAAGGGCCUUGGAACCAUUCGCGUGGCCGCGCAGCAUGCCUUGGACAGCAUCGCCGUAGUCCGCGCUAUGUAUGACGUAUAUGGUUGCGGAGCGGCCGACAAUACACUCGACGCUCGUCAGACCACGUACAAAGGGUACAUCGACGCCAUCGACAAGUGGCAGGCCGAUGCUGAGGACGACAUUGAGCAUGUCCGCCCACCGGUGCCUAUGAUUUGGAGCUCCAAAGAUAGCCAGCGACCUCUCGAAGCGACCGAUAUCCAAAUGCCGGCCGCCUCUUACGCUAUCAUGAUCGGCCCCGCCGCUGGCGGUGACGGGGGUGGCAAUCCUUUCGACUACGUCCCCAGCAACGCUAUCCGGCGUCGAAUGCGUGUCACUGGCAUCGAGGUCUGGUCGGGCAAAUGCAUCAACGCGAUCCGCACUCGGAUCCAGUAUGAAACUGACGGGUCGAUAGAGACGCCUACCGCCGGUGGCCCUGGAGCGACGGACAAUGGCAUGUGGGACUUCUCGAACAUGUCGCAGGUGAUACAGGAGGUGAGCGUGCACUACUCGACAAACGACUGGAUCUGCAAGGAGAUUACGAUAGUCACGAAUCAGGGUAAGUACCAGACCCAUGCUGGCGAAGGGGAUCAGUGGGCCACGUGGACGGCGCAGCCGGGUACCGACUGUUUCUUGGGGUUUUCGGGGAGGUUUGGGAAAUAUGUGGAUCGCUUAAUGGUCAAAUUUGUGAGGUUUGCACCUGUGACGUGGGAAUAG